CUUCAUCGACGAUGCAAUGCGGCGGAUGCGCCAAGUCGUCCGAUCGCAUCAACAUGCUGUGUGCAAACUGCGCGGGGAGCACCGUCCAGCAAAAGCGAACGAUCCUCAUGGCGCUGUGGGCAGAUGUAGCUGUUUUGCGGGAGAAAUCUGCCCAUGCUCUUGAGAGUAAGGACCUGUCGUCAUACCAAAUCGACAUCCAAGCGUUGGAAGACCAACAGCAAGAACGGGAGCGGUGCCAAAUCGCGCUUGACAGAGAACGCAUCGCCUUGGCCAAGUUGAAGCACCACAUUGCCGAGCGGCAAGCACAACUCCUCGUCGCGAAGACUAGACUUCACGGCCAGUCCACCGCGGCAGGCGAAGCAGAUGACGGAGUAGACUACAUUAUGGAAGGCCUGGGUCGGGUUCUCCGAUGGAACGAACAGAACCUUACGGCUAUGCGUCGGACCAAGGUGCUGCAGCUGUUCCAGUUGUUCCAGCUAUUUCCCGCGCCACGUUUGCGGUACUUUCGAACGAUCGUCAAGCUUCCAGUGCCAUCGUCUGGCCAGUACGAAGCGACAGAGCAUCUUCCUCCCGAGGUCGUGUCGGCUGCACUUGGCCGGAUGAUACACCUGCUGAUCCUCUUGCCAAAGUACUUGAGCCCUCUGGUGUAUCCGCACCCCAUGAUCUUCAACGGAUCCUUCUCGACGAUCGGCGAGCAGAGCGGCGAAGGGGCGGGGUGUCACACACUCUACCCCGAUGGAAGCAUGGGGUUUGCGCGAGGAGUGGCCAUGCUGUGGCAAAACGUUGCAUACUUGUGCAUUGCGCAGGGCAUGAUGCUGGACGAGUUGGACCCAGUUGAUAGUUUGGGCAAUUUGAUUCGGCUCGCUGAGUGUCCGACGCUGGGUUCCUGCGCGCCACACAAGCCGAGCACCGAACGGUUGCAUGAAAUGAUGGCCGAGUCGUCUGCGGCCAUGGGAGGCCAUCCCCUUGUCGCGAUGGCGUCCAGCCUACGUAUUUUGCCCGAGUACAACCCGAACGACAUGCCUGACCACGACGGCGGGCCAUCCCCCGUGGGUCUCUCCGAAUGGAAUGUAGUCGAAGCUCGUCCAUCGUUUCGACAAAUGCAGUAUGCACCCCCGUAGUCUCUCCUUUGGAAUAAAUAGUCUUGGCUGGCGCUGGUUCCUUCGCCACAUGCCUACUUUGGCUUGG